ACGCGAAGGCGGGACAGCCGGUUUGGCUUUCUCCGCUUCCCGUCCCCGAUUCGCCGUGGCCGGUGAAUGGCUGAGUCACGAAAAGCCGCUGCCGCCUGCCGAUGCGGAGGCCAUGGCUUGGGCUGCGCCCUCUUUGCCCUCCGAUAAAUCUCGGUUUAUCUGUAUAUAUCCAGCCUACAUAAAUAACAAGAAGACAAUAGCAGAAGGAAGAAGAAUACCUCUUGACAAAGCUAUUGAAAAUCCUACAUCUACAGAGAUCCAAGAUGUUUGUGCAGCAGUUGGUCUUAAUGUGCUUUUGGAGAAAAACAAAAUGUACUCCAGGGAAUGGAACCGUGAUGCGCAAUAUAGGGGUAGAGUUCGCAUUCAGCUGAAGCAGGAAGAUGGUAAUCUAUGUCAGCCUCAGUUUCCAACACGUAAGGCAGUGAUGUUAUAUGCAGCAGAAACAAUUCCCAAACUGAAAACAAGGACACAGAAAAUGGGAGGCAGUGACCAAAGUCUACAGCAAGGAGAAGGUGGCAAAAAAAAUAAAGGAAAAAAGAAGAAAUGAAUGUGACAUGGACUAAUGCUACAUGUUCAAAUGGUUACAGAAGAAUAAUGACUUCAAAUGACAGUUGGACAGACCAAUGAGAACAUGCAAAGCUAUUUUGUGGUAGUUUUUGAAUUAGAAUGAGUUUCAUUUUGCAUAAAAUUAUGGUUGAACCAUUUGGGAACAUAUCCAGAAAAUCCUCUUCUAGUUUUUAAAACAU